AAAGCGGAAAACAAUUUCAAGCAGUAGCCUAUGAUGAAAAGCAGUGAACUUGGCAACAAGAAGUUCAAGGUCGGAAUCAAGGAAGAAAAAACGUAAACUUGAGAAGCAAGCGAGAACAGACCCCUGUUGCAUAUUUGAAGACAUCUCUUGAGCCGAGCAGCUAAUAGCCUUUUGAUGCUGGACAUAUCAAUAGUUGGUUAACCAACUAGGCUACCUUUAGUUAACUGUUCACUAGUCUUUAGCCUAGCUUACCGGCUAGGCUUGUCAAUGCUUUUGCAUCAGUUUGUGAACGGAGGCCUGGAAGUGAUGCAUUCUACAGCAAUUCAAAAAGACACUACUUUUACAAAAAUUUUCGUGGGUGGUUUGCCCUACCACACUAACGAUGCUUCCUUGAGAAAGUAUUUUGAGGCCUUCGGAGACAUCGACGAGGCUGUGGUGAUAACGGACAGACAGACGGGGAAAUCCAGAGGAUAUGGCUUUGUAAGUAACAUUGACACUUGUCGGUAAUGCACUUAUCCUGCAGCUUGAUCAGUGGGAGCACGUGCGUCUUUACGGCAAACCAGUGAAAUCGAGUUGCCUAUAAAAUGUUAAUGGUUGGUAUAUUUGUUUUCUAUGUAGUUAUUGGGCAAAUGCUCACCACGUUUCCUUCCGCCACCAAGUUAUUGUUCCAUUUAACUGACUAGGCUACUUGCCUAGAGGAAAAAAAACAUGAGGCUGUGCCAAGUACCUGUUUAAAGGCCCAAUGCAGCCGUUUUUAUCUCAAUAUCAACACAUUUCUGGGUGAUUGUUUUAAAUUCAAAUGGUGAAAAAGACAAAUUGCUUCUUAGUAUAAGCAAAAUCGCAAGCAAGAAUUCAGCUAGAACUGUCUGGGAGUGGUCUGAGUGGGGAGGGGAAACUGAAAACUAGCUGUUGGAGUUCACUUGAAGACCAAUGGAAUGGUCUAAAGUGAGCAAACGCCACCUACAAUGGGCACUGUGUCAUGCAAAACGAACUCAAAAAGGGCUGCUUGCACUGAACUAGCAGUUGAAAAAUGGGGAGGGGUUGGGGAACGCUGAUAGCAUUGCCACUGCCCUUUUUUAAAGCUGCAAUAUGUAACUUUUUGGGCGACCUGACCAAAUUCACAUAGAAAUGUGAGUAAUAGAUCUGUCAUUCUCGUUUUGUACACCAGCUGAAAAUACAAUAUUUAUUAUCGUUAUGGAAAAUAUAUUUAAUAGUGGUUUAGAUAGUACAAUGAUUCUCAGCACUAUACUUGCUUGUUUUGUCACAAACUGAAAUUAGGCGAACUAUUAGAAUUUUAGCAGCCAGGAAAUGGUGGCGCAAUUUCAACAUAGGGCACCUUAAAAAAAAAUAUAUAUAUAUAUAUAUAUAUAUAUAUACACUACACUCAUUGCGUCAAGUUACACCUCGCCAUUACACUAAAAGGGCAUUAUAAUUUUCACAAUUUCAACCUCAGUGUGGAAAUCUAUAUAAAACACAGGAAAAUCACGUUUUUUACUGCACUGGGCCUUUAAGGACAUGGAUAUCCCCAGCAGAAUACAAUGCUGUCAUCAAAGUUGCAUCUCUUGCAUAUUGCGGGCAUUCAAACGCAUGUCAAAAUAAAUCCUUGUCCAAAUGUACGGCUUAAACGCACAAAUGCAGAGUAUAAUUUUUUGCCUUGCUGUUAUCACAGCUGUAAUCAGGAUGAGGGAUCACAUGAGUUGAUUGAUAAGAAGAUGAUAUAUCCACAUAUCUAAUGUCCCUCUGCCUACCCUCUAAACGAACACACCACAUGCCUUCUCCCCACCAACCUCUCAGCGCUGGCCCGUGAAUGACCUAGCGCUUAUCGGUUAUGAGCGCGGCAAGGGCACACACCGAAGUGCGAGCUGCUGUUCUCUCUCGCUUUAUAUGGGGAUUUUGGAGCGGUGGGGACGUAGGCCCUCUCUCAUUGUAAACAACCGAAACACUCAGUGGUGUUUAUAGAAUCAUAACUGCGGUUAUAAGUUAGAAAGUGGGAGUUGUACUUUUCUCUCCCAAGAUGGACUACUGCUCACUGCAUUAGAGUACAGAUUCAGUACCCCGCCAUACAACACACCUCCCCUUGUUGUAGUAGCAGCUGUCAGAUAUGGAAGUUAGGUGCACUUCCCCCUCCUGUGUGUCAGCUUUUCCAAUCACCACAGGUGUUUUGUUUUUUUAUCACCAUAGAUGGUUCUAUUAACCUUUUUAUAAAACAAAUCUUCAGCUCCUAAGAUUGACACUAUACAGCCCAAAUUCAGAUUGUCUGCCAACUUCCUUUAAUGAUCCUCUGGUACUCAGCCAGAGCGAGCAGAAACAUUUAACAAAGAUAAUCUGUAUGAGGCAGGCAAAAAGAAACCCACCUUCCUUUUCAUGGCUACAAAGAACAGAAAUGGCAGAAGAAAUGCAAAUAUUUACCAGAAACUUGGAGAGACUCAUCAGCAUUAAUAAAGGCCAAAGAUGGAAUGGAAAACUGUGUGUGUGUCUCUCUAAUAGAGACUGCGUGUGUGUGUAGUUUACGCCUCAGCCAGUUUAUAACUGUAAGAAAAUGACACACUGUGUUUACACAUCAGCGGUGACCAAAAAACAGUGGAGCUCUGUCAUUAACGGCUGCUGCUGAAAGUGUCUGGUGUUUCAGGUCCGACUGACUCGGGCAUAUGAGGGUGCUCAAUGCUGGGAAAUAGGUGUUCGCCACCUUGCAUGCAGCGAGGGCAAAAAACACCCAUCGCUUUAUCCCAGUAACCGACAGGGCAAACUUGAUCAUCCUGUUUCUCACAGCUUGAGUAAAACGGCUCCAGAGCAAGGCUUACCUUUAAACACAAUCCAAGGUGGAUUAGUAGACCCCCUUCAAUAGAGUUCCAGUGUCAACACAACCUCUCUGCUCUUGUGUCUUCACAACACAUGCCCUGGAGUGGGCUCAAAACCUCUCGUCUAGUCUAAAGAGGUAUGCUUACUUCAACAACAGGCUAGAAUACAUCUACACCUCAGAUAUGUAAUCAUCUGAGACCUCUUGAAUUGGCAGAAGAACAAAACAUAAAGCAGAAGGUGAUGCUGUCUAAUGCCUUGGAAGGUGAGUGUGGGGUGGAUUCUAACAAUCUCCUUAUUCUCCAUUGCCUAAUGGAUAAUCCCUUAUUAUUCAUCAUUACUGAGCCAUAUUUCAGCUGACCUCUGACUGUGCUGCUGACAAGUGGGUGGGUGGUUGACCAAGUCUUCUGGGUUGUGUUUAACUGAUAAUCACUGUGCUUUGUGUACAAUUUCCUCUUCUGUUUAGAAAGGGGAAUUUAUGCGGUGGAAGCUGGACAGGGGGAUUUCUGUGAUGACAGACUAAUAGGGGUUGUUUUUCUUUUAGUUCUGCUUGGCUGGUCGGGGUGGCCUUAAUCUUGACUGACCUUUUCAUAGCUUGGCUGCCAUAAUUGGUGAUUAAUAGAUUUCUACUUUCGACUGUAUUACCAGCUAAAAUGGGGAACUGGUGUCUUUUUGGUAUUGCUAAUAUUUUCAACGUCUGUGUGAUUACGUGUCAGGUGACGAUGACAGAUCGGGGAGCAGCAGAGAGAGCCUGUAAAGACCCCAACCCCAUCAUCGAUGGGCGAAAGUCCAACGUGAACCUGGCUUACAUUGGCGCAAAGCCCCGCAGUAUGCAGAUAGGUGAGCCGACCAGGGGUGAGAACAACCGCCAGACGCACAAACACCACACCUACAACACUUGUCGCACACACGCACCAUAAAUGUACAAACCAUUUUAAUUGCAUCUGGAUUGACUCUUACUCUUGUAUAAUAUGGGACUGGGUUAAUGUAAAACAAAAACACAAUGUAAUUUGCCGUCUCUGCAUGUUUUGUAUGUUGCUUGAGUUACCCCCCCAAAGUUGAGUGAACUUUGCUCUCUCUGCCUCUCCUCUGCAUUGUUCUCUGGCCCUCUUCUUUAAAUGCAAAUGUAUCUGAGGGUUGUUUCCUCUGUCUUCCAGGCAUAUCCAUCGGAGUGCAGCCUAUUCAUCCAGCGCUCAUCCAGAGGCAGUAUGGGUAAGUGAGUGGGAGUGGGCACUACCUCUGUGACCUAUACAGUAUACCACAGUAUCUUCUGAAUGACAUAUGUUGAAAGUGUGUGUCAGAUUGCUCUUUAGAUGAAACCCAUAUGUGCAUAAUGUAUGUGAGCGUUUUAGACUUUUGCCAAUUGUUAACUUUUUUUGUUUUCAAAUGGUCAUAGCAUGGUACAUUCCAUGGGGACAUGUGACUCUCAACCCCCUCUUUUAGACCCUCCAGUAUCUAUUUGGUUGAGUGGGCUCUCUCACUGAGCAAGGCUCCAGGGCAGAGUGUUUGCCUGUGUUGUAGAAACAGCCUGGAGGGAGGCCAGACUGUGACCGGUGUCCAGGACACACGCUCUGCUGGACAUUUAAUGGUCAUGCCACUGACAUGGGAUUGACACCACUUGCCCCCUGCUGCUAGAGUGUGUCACCACCCUUCCCUCCCUCCUCCAAAGUCCUAGCUUUGAAGCCAGAGGUCCAAGCCCUUACAUGUUAUAAGAUCAUGUCAAUGGACUUUGGGUACUUAGAAUCCCCCCUAUGUUCAUAACGGGCAGAGCGGAGCCCCCCAGGGUGCUCUGUGGUCAUGUGUCUGACAGGUGUUGGCUCUUAUUGCAGCCUUUUACACCACCUAAUCCCCAGUGACUGACUGCAGCCCCAGAGAGGGGGAGAGAGGGCACCUGUCUGUUGAGCUCGGAGAUCUCUCUAUGGGCCGGUGACAGACACAGGCUGCUCUAAGAUGUAGAGCACACAAGUGUUCUUUCAGCCUUUCUCUCACACCAGACCCUUAAAUGGCAUGUUGUGAAGUGGGAUGGUUGGGAGGGAUUGAGCAUGUGUGUGUGGACCAGACUGGACCGUAGCAUAGUGCUCCUUUUCCUCUCCCCCUUCACUUUCCCCUAUAGUAUUUUCCCCUCUUGUCCUCCCCUCCCACAAGGAGAAGGAAACAGGGUUUGUCUUUCUCGUCUGAACACCGUUUUCUGCUGGGUGUCAGGGGGACGAUUAGCCUGAGAUACUGAAAAUUGACACCCCUGUGAGACUGGGGGAGGGAAUAAGGGGGGAAGAUUAGGUGGGGGGGGGGUUGUGGAAGAAGGAGGGCGGGGGGAUGUGACAGCUCUGUCUCUGAAGAGGCAUUGUGCUUAAUGAUGCUGUAUUUUCACCAGGCGCCACACCUCCUACAGGUGUCACCCACAACAUUUUUUUGUUUUGUUUUUUUGUUGCAUGAAAUAGUUGUGAUCGCUUUUCUGUAUAAUGUUUUCUACUUCCAGGCCAGAAUUUGCAAUGCCAGGACCUUUGUAGAAUUUUGUUGUUGUUGCAUGUAGCCUUUCAUUUCUUUGCUAUGAUUUGUGAAAAUGAUCCUGUGCAUGUAGUAGGGCUGUCCCUGACAAAAUCUAAAUACACAAAUCUUGGUCGACCAAUAGUUGUCUGUUCUUUCGACCAAGCGACUGGUCGAAAUUUUAAAAUGUGUAUCUUUCCAUAUGUAGACACCCUAUGUGUUUUAAUAAAAUCAAACUGUAUAUGUAGGCUACUGAGCUUGUUUGAUGCUUUAAGUAUAAUGUGAUUUAAAUCAUUAAGACACACAAAUGAUUUGAGGGAGCCAGAGAUCAAGAUGGCCUAACCAGAAGAAAAAAAUGUGUUCCCAGCCUCCCCCUGCUGCUGCUGGCCUUAGCACAUUCUGCCAUUACACUCCCGAAGUUGGCGGUAAUAGACUACACCAGGGGUUGGUAACCUUUUCUAUUGGAGUGCCAAUUUAUCUUAACAUUUCUACCCAUCUGCGUGCCAAUUAUGAUUUUCAUAUGCACAUUUGUGGAACGGUUUUGUUUCUUUUAUAAUAAAGUUGUGUGAUUUAAUUAAAAUUAUAUCUAAAUUAUACAAAUCUGAAAGUAAUUUCUAGUGCCAACUAUGUAAAAAUAGCCUACAUUAAGCCAACAAAUAAAAACAUUGCAGACUGCAGGUAGAAAAUAUCUUGAUACAAAUAAAUCACAUUGGCUACAUAUAGACUGUCUGCAAGGAACUUUAAACAUUGUAUCAACUUGGUCCAGCCCAAAGCUUGUGUUAACAAACUUGUGACAUUGUAUAAAACAUUCUGGACAGCUGUAGGCUAUUUUCGCAAGGGAUAAGAAUUAAUCAGGUAGGCCUAUUUUAUGACGUUUCCAGCGGAUCAGAGCAUGACAUGGUUUUCCCUUUCAGGCCGAGUGGUUAUCGAAAGGGAGAGAGCUGGGAAAAUCUUUCCAAAUAGGCUACAUUGAGGAACUAUUGUCAUUCUCAAUGGAUGUAAAACAGACUUUGUUUACUUGCUGUUUGUGGUGAAGAGAACAUUACUUUGAGAAGCUCCACAGCUCAUUAGUGGUGGUGAGUGAUCAGAAAUACUAUCAGAUCCCCCAAAUGGGCACAUUUAUAAGCCUACAUUUGCGCGCAGGCCAGGUAGCCUAGGCCUACUUCUAUGCGUGAUCAGGUCCGCGUCCUUACUCAACAUUGACAGGAGCACUCCAAACAAAACACAAUUAAUAAAUUGAACUCGUGAAUGGAAUGAAAUAAACCAAAACUUGUGUAAACCAAAAAAGUGAUGCCUAAGUUGUGCACAUUUUGAAGUGGCCUUUUGUCCCCAACACAAGGUGCACCUGUGUAAUAAUAAUAAUAAUGCUGUUUAAUCAGCUUCUUGAUAUGCCACACCUGUCAGGUGGAUAGAUUAUCUUGGCAAAGGAGAAAUGCUCACUAACAGGGAUGUAAACUAAUUUGAGCAAAAUAAGCUUUUUGUGCAUAUGGAAAAUGUAUUUUAAGUUUAUGAAACAUGGGACUAACACUUUACAUUUUUGCAUUUAUAUUUUUGUUCAGUGUAUAUUGAAUGAAUUAACAGAAAUGAUGGUAACCAAACAAACGUUGUAGAUGAUAAAUUAUGGGAAUUAACUGUAAAUGUACUAGUGGUGAUACUGGUGUGCCAUGCCUGCGGCCUCCACAAUGGAUUAGUCCACUGAGACCGGCAUCAAUAAAGACGUGCUAUAAAGAAAAUAUAUUUCUUGCAACUGCUUGACAAAAAAAUUAUCGGCUGACAAACAGCCUAUCGACCAAACAAUCGACCAGUCGACUAAAUGGGGUCAGCCCUAGCAUGUAGGUAGGAGCUACAUAUUGGCAGUGGAUUUAUUUGCCAUGAAAGCCUAAAUGUAACUGAUUUAUCCUAGCUAGGUACAUUUAGCAUGAAUUGAUGAAGCCCUUCGAUUUGUUCACCAUGACUAAAACGUGAAGGCUAGAGGAGGAAGUCCGUCUGCUUGGUGCGGCAGUCCCUCUGCCCUGCCAGCCCCACCUCCCUGUCACAAAACCAGCUGACCUCUUGUCCCCCCCAGACCCCCACAGGCCUUGUGAUGUCAAAGAUGGCCCAGGGAGCUCUUCAGCGUCCCUGUUUCAUCUUCUCCUUUUCUGCCUCUUCUCUCACUCUUUCUCUCUGCACGCACGCCUCAUCCGCUCAGGAUCGUCAUUUCUAUUAACUUUUCUAUGAAAAUGAUUGCAGCGUUGACCAUUAUUUUGAUGUACAUCAGAAAGGUCAUCUUGAUCUAACCAGAGGUCUGAGCUAGAGGUCUGUGGCCACAGAAAGGAGAGGCUCAUCUGUGUGUGAAUGAAUGUGCGUAUGCCCGACAGGCUUCAUGUAUGGUCGUCUGUGCCUAUCUGUGUGGGUCUCUGAAUGAAUGGUUGUUUGUGAGUAGCUGACCGUUCAGUAUUGUUAGAGGGACUGAACAGUGUCUAUCAGCCGGCUCAUGGUUGGUUCAUAUUAUCUCUGUCUAUAGCGUUCAUGUUCUUUAUUUUGGUGAAUUAUUGUUGGUGUAUACCACUCAGCAGACCUCUUGUCCUGACUAUUAAAUGUCCAUCUACACAGAGAAAUACUACUAUGUGUGUGAACCCAGGCAACACUGGUCUACAUUUCCGUAUCAUAUCAGCAUAAUGUCGUCAGACAUUGCGAAAAAGCUUAGCCACUAGCUUCACUCAUCACCCUGAAGGAUGGAACAAUCCCGUGCAGCUCUGUGCAUCUCCACAAUAGUAUCAAUGAGGAUCCAGAUAAUGAAUACAUAUUGUUAACCUCCACUAUCCUCCCCAACCCCCUCAUGGUUGCUCUGUGCUCCCAGCUGAACAGUGUCCCGGAGGGGAAGUGAAGAUACCCGAGGUGCAGGCUUCGUUCGGCCUUAUUUGGAAGCUCCCAGGAGGAGGGUAGCAGGCAGUUGUGACUGUUCCCGCCCCUCUCUAAGGUGCCAGCGAUGGCUUGAGAGUGCAGUGUGUUGUGAUGGAUUGGAGUGCCUUUAUUUUUCCCUCUGUGCGUGUGUGAUAUGACAUGAAAAUGUUAUGCUGAUUUAAAGAGUGCCUAUUCCCUAUUAUGGCAUGGUUUGGGGUUUGCAGUGGUGACUUUGGUUGCUGUUUAAAGUUCAAGUGUGGGGCUGAUGGGUUUGGGGGUGUGGCUGGGUGAGUGUGUUAGGCAGGGUGCAAUUGGAUGUUGUGAGUGUCUUGUCACCCCUGCACGCUUCCCUUUUGCAGUGUUUGAGUUGAUGGCUGUCUCUCAAUACUCUGCCAUCGCUUUCUUCCCACAUCUUCUCUCAUGACCACUGACCUGAAAGGACACGGGUAAACACAACAUGGUGGUAACCCAUCCGGUGGCCAUGAAGUUAGAGGCAAGGAAAGGAAGCCAUUGGUGUAUUGAGACCCAGCUGAGAAGUGUUGCGUUGUGUGCUGUGACUUCACUGUCUUGUCUUGAUGUUCUUUCACAAUGACCAUACUGAAGUCUCCUACCAGACACUCUGUGUGAGAGGGGUGAAGAAAGUUCCUCCUCCUCUCCCCAUUUUCUCCCCUCUGAGCUCUGCUUUUGGCUUGUGUGCUUUUGCAGUGAGUAGAGUUCUUCUCUGUUUCCCUUGCGCUGCAGUAUCAAGGGGGGGUUCUCAACCCCAGAGGAACAAACCCUAGAUGCACUUUGAGGCCUGGUUAAAAAUAUCCCCCCAACCCCCUCUGUCUCCCCAUGGAUGAUGUGCUGCUAGACUGAGACUGGAGGAGAAUGAGCUGUCCCCAGACUCUAGAGCACUAAUCGCCAGUCAGGGAGGGAGAGCUUUGAGCACAUGAGACCCAACUGGCUAACAGCCUGCCUUGAUAAGCUCUCCCUCCCCUCUCCCCCACCUCUCAACAACUGAUGCCCAAUGUAGCUUGCACACAAGAACAGGAACCACAACUCCAUCAAACUUCCCCUUUGUGAGCAAGCGUGUGUGUGAUUCUGUGUGUGCGCAGACAUUGGUUGGUGUGUGUUUGAGUGUGCUCAGCGAGUGAAGAGCAGCAGCUGUUAAAACACUAGCUGGUGUCAGGCUUGAAACCUGCCAGUAACGGCUGUCUCUCCCUCUCCUCUCUCCCCACCACCACACCCUUUCUCUCUCAGGGGGCUUACCUAACAGGUUUUGUAGGUUUUUAAGUGACGAGGGAUGUUCUCAUUAACUCGCUCUCUUUGCACAUUAGUAGUGGGUGGUGUGGCAUCUGGUUAGUUUCUUACACCCCACCACUGGAUAUACUGGGCUCGGCACAUACAGCAGAACUCUAGUGUAUUCCAGACCUGCUGGAGAAUAGAAAUGACAGAAUCCAGAGCUUUGCUUUAUUUGCUCCUGUUCUUCAUUGUAUAUUCAAGUGUAUAACUAGUGUCCUGUUGUCUGUGUUCUCUAGGUUGGCCCAGCAGUAUAUGUACCCCCAAGCCUUCAUCCAGCCCAGCCUGGUUCUCCCCUCUCAGGUGUCCUCCUCCAUCAACUCCCCAUACCUGGACUACAGUGCUGCCUACGCCCAGUACGCCCAGGCAGCCUUCGAGCAGUACCCCUACGCCGCCUCCCCAGGGUUCCUGGGCUACAGCUACGCCCCCAGCCCUGCCGCCGCCCCCUCCCAGGCCUCCGCCUCUGUUCACCAGACCCUCCCCACAGGGGCAGGCCCAGCCCCCACCUUCCUGCAGUACGCCCCCCAGCAGCAUGUUCAGCCAGACCGCAUGCAGUGAGGAGGCGCAGAAUGCAGGGAGUCCUGUAGGCCUGGGGAGUCACCCUGAGCUGCCACAGCCAGGGCUUUCAGGGAAGGGCUGGAGAGAGUGGGACUAUUGCACUAUAUAGGAUGAGCCCCCUCCCCUGAGUCUGGAGGGGGGGGGGGGGGUUGAUGACUGGGUUGGGUGGGAGGCUAGAAUAAAACACAUUGUUGCUUCAGAGGGCUUCCAGAAGCAGACACUUCAUUUUUAUUAUUAUUACGGUCUUUAUUAUCUUUAUUGUAUUAAUGUUGCUAUCAAUGUUAGUAUCCUUUAUCAAUGUCAUUGUUAUUUUGUUUCAAUCAAUGAAAACCUUCAAUGUCCAUGGUACAUACCUGUAUUUGGAGAGAGCCUGGAUCGGCUUACUUGGACAUUUUCCCCCCUCCCCCCUAUUGCCAGGGCAUGGGAUUGGCGACGGCACUGCUGCUUGGGUACAUUGGGCAUUGGAACAGAGGUUUGGAGGCACGACGCCAACUGUUUCCCUCCACACCAGAGCAGACUAGAGGAUUCUGGCCUCUCAUACACCCCCAGUGUUAUUGCUCCAACACCAUGGGGGGGCAUGACUCUCUGUGCCUUUCAGAGGUCAUCACUAAAUGGAGAAUGAAGAGAUCCUGGGAUCCCCUUCUUUGAGACGAUCAAUCGUUAGACAUCAGGACUACAUUUAUUUUUAUGAAAGAUGCCUUAAUAAAAGUCUUGUUUUUAUAAACACUCCUCCUUUAACCCCUUCCUUCACUCACAGAGCCACAUGGUAGUCCUCACUUGUUUUCACAUGGCCUGACUCUUCAUAUUUAUACCAGACACUCUUGUAGUCUACUGACUCACUUUGUCUUGAUUGUUGUAGACUGAUGUAGAUAAUCAUAUGCAGGAAGUGGGAGGCGGGGUCAAAGAGCAUUGGGUGUUUUAUGUAAGGUAGCUGACGUAACCAGCGCCUGUAUAUUUUGUCGAACUGUUAAUCUAAGAUUGUCAAAUGUUGAUCUCUCAAAAAGGACAUGUACAGUAUUUGUAAAUGUUUCAUUAUCAAGUACAUUUACAAUAUUUAUGUUUGAGGUAUUUAUAGGCAAUUCUAUAAGUUGCUCUUUUGUAACUUGGUCUUGAGGCACUGAAGUCCUACAACUUGGUAAGCGUAUGUGCAGAUUCACAAAUUGUCUUAUUCAUUUGAUGGCCAUAUUUGUAUUUUCCCUCAGAACCAAUGGAUUUGUCUGUAUGCACAACACUGGAUGCUCUUUUUUAGCCCCUAGUUUCACCGGCUGUGGCUAGGAUCGGACUCUCUGUAGACUGUUUCAGCUAAAUGUAAUUUCCAGUCCAUUCAAAGAAGCAAACCAAAAAAAUAUUGGAAAAAUAAAGAAUUUGUAUUUAAAAA